CUUAAACUCAAUGUAAAUAAUAUAGUAUAGCAGAAGCACAACCUUUCCUUGUUGGGGUGAAAAUCAGCUUAUGUGGAACGCAUUUGCAAGCUGGCCUCGUAUACCCCCUUUCACAUGACUGUCACUUUGCUGUCUAGCAACCGAAUUACCAUAUUAGGUUAUUCCGCCAUUGUGAGCUGUCUUUGUUUCUUUCUUUCGAAAAUAUGCCAAUCCUUUGGAAAAGGACAAUGCUAGCCCUUCUUAUCCUGUCCAUAACUCCUAGGAAAUCAGAUGGGGAGUUAGAGCAAUGGUGCAUAGCAGAUGAGCAGACCCCGGAUGAUGAGUUGCAGAUAGCAUUGGACUGGGCUUGUGGGAAAGGUGGUGCAGACUGCAGUAAGAUUCAAGUGAACCAGCCUUGCUAUUUGCCAAAUACUGUGAGAGACCAUGCUUCCUAUGCCUUCAACAACUACUUCCAGAAGUUCAAGCACAAAGGUGGAUCUUGCUACUUCAAAGGAGCUGCUAUCAUUACAGAACUUGACCCCAGUCAUAGCUCUUGCCAGUACGAGUUCCAUCCCUGAUUCAAAUCCAUGAGAACCAUUAACAAAGAAGAUCGGCAUUUCACUAGGGAUAGAGAUUUUUCAGUUUCAGAUAUUUUGUUUCUUUAAUUUUUAGCAGCAUUGAGCUUUUCUCAUUGCAAAUUAAAUCAGGUUUUCACAUGAGAUGAGCUUAGACAUGUACUUUGCCAAGGUCCCUUCCUAGUUUUCCUUCUACUUCAUAUUUUCUUCAACAGAUUUGCUUCCACUAA